CCUGAGCAAGAGAAAAGGCCAAAAGUCAAUCCCAAACCCCAGCGGGCGAGGGAACCUUGUUCUCUUUCCCCUAUCAGACCCUGAGGCAGGGAGCGCCUGGCAGAGCCUCAGAGCCGAUGGAAAUGUUGUGACAUCCCAGCACCCGCCCGUAGCUCCUCCACCAGCUCCGGCAUGAUCUCGGCCCCUCUCUGCUGAUGUCACGGCGUGGGGCCCCGCAGCCGCCUUCCCCGGGCGGCAGGCAGGCGGGAAUCAGCGCCGGGGACGGCCGCCCUUUCCUGGAUCCUCCUCUUUCGCCUCUUUCCUCCCCAGGACGCCGGCUGGAACAGAGCUGAGAGCCUUGGCUACCCGGCGUAGAGAUGCCCUGGCAGGGCCCGUCCACAGAUGCCAGCAAGAAGGUGGAUCUGAAGAUAAUUAUCAUAGGAGCUCUGGGCGUGGGCAAAACCUCCCUCCUGCACCAGUACGUGCACAAGACGUUUUAUGAAGACUAUCGCACCACGCUGGGCGCCAGCAUCCUGACCAAAGUCCUCGCGGUGGACAACACCCCCCUGAAACUGCAGAUCUGGGACACGGGGGGACAGGAGCGAUUCCGGUCCAUGGUGUCGACCUUUUACAAAGGCUCGGAUGGCUGCAUGCUGGCCUUCGACGUGACGGACAGGGAGUCCUUUGAGGCCCUGGACAACUGGAGAGAUGACUUCCUGGAGAAGGUCAUUCCAAGGGAGCAAGCUUUCCCCAUGGUCGUGCUCGGGAAUAAAAUAGACAUCUGCGAUCGGCAGGUACCCAAGGAGAUUGCCUCAGCCUGGUGCAAGGAGAAGGACAUCCCUUAUUUUGAAGUCAGCGCCAAGAACAACAUCAAUGUCGCAGAGGCUUUCGAGACCCUCGCAAAGCAGGCGUUAACAACGUAUAAAGGGAUUUUUGAGAGUUAUUUAACCGACUCCAUCAAGCUCACUCCCAACGACAAGCCCAAGAAGAGCUGCUGCUGACCCUGGGCACGCUGCCAGGCUCCGGGCUGUCCUGCGCGAGCACGGCCCAGCUGAGCACCCCAUGAUGCCCAUGGCCGGAGCCCUGCCCAGGGGGUCCGUGCCCUCCGCCCGCCUCAGCCCGGCUGCAGAGGAUGCCCGAGCCAGGACACAGGACGGCCACCGCUCGACACGCUGGGGCCAGCCGGCGGCACGUCCCGGGGCUUGCUGCUUCCCACGGCUCCGGAGCUGCUCCCCCAAACCAGCAGCCUCCCAGAUCGCGCCAUGGUGGCCCUGUCCCCCUCGAUCCGCUGCCGUGUGGCACCCGAGCGGGCAAUGCCCCUGUGGUGACGGUGCCAGGGAGCCAGGCAGUGCUCCUGAUGCCUUGGCCUUGGCCCCGUGGGUGACCCUUCCCGGUGCACGGACUGGUGGCCCCACAGCGCUCACGGUGCGUACGGGCUGUCCUGGGGGAGGAGUGGGGCUGGUGGCCACGGCACAGGUCUGAGAGCAGCCAGGUCCCUCCUGGGGUCAGCCGCUGCCGAUGGGACCCUUCCGUGCCUCAGUUUCCCCUGCUCUCAUGUACACCCCCUGUCAAACGCCUUCCACCCCCGCCUCGGUGGUGAGGGUCCUCAGUAAAGCACUUUGUCAGGGAUUCUUUUUUAAAAAAAGGAAAUUAAAUAUUUCAGGUUUAUUUAUAUA